AUGGACGACGCCGAUAUAAUCUCCGUGAAGCUCUCCGAGCUCCUGCGACACCCCGAGGACCUUGACAAGAUAGCUGCCCUGAAGUCAGAGUUCACGAGGAAGAAAACACAUGUCGACGCGCAGCUCAAGUCCGGCCUGCAGAACCAGAUCGAGGUCACGCAGUCUGGCAUUCGGGCGAUUGUCGAUGGGCAGAAGACGCUGCACGCGAUUAAGGAGGAGAUGAUGAAAAUAGAUAAACUAUGCGCCGAAGCAGAGAAUAUGAUCCAUGAGUUUCCUCUAAUAAACAAGGGGCUUGAUAUUAAGCUCAAUGAAGUAGGCCGUAUGCUGGAAAGCGACUCUGGAGAUUCACUGACGAACGAAAUGCCUAAUAUAUUACCCGUGCACUUUGCAAUCACCCAAUUGCAAGAUUUUAAGGCAGAUGUCAUGCACCAAAGCGAACGUACGGACAACGAUGUGAAGGGAACGCUUGAGGGCUACUUUGCACCUCUCGAAGAUACCGUCGGGCUGUUUGAUGAGAGGGUGGGGAUCAUUGCGAUGAGUCUCAUUGAGCUAGUUCGGGCUGGGAAUAAGAGUUUGGUUGUUCGGCUAGCAAAGAUUGUUGAUGCCGAGGAACGGUCAGACGAGAAAGUGGUGGCCCUUCAAGAGGCCCAGACAUCACAUCAAGAGAUUGCUUCAAGGUUCAAAUCAAUACAAAAAGGGCCUAAGGUCGCAAGAGGAUACAAGGAGAAAUUCCUGGCUUGUAUCAAUGCUUCCGUCCAAGCAAAAUUCGAACAAGCAAAGGAAGAGUUUGAGAAUGACCCUGAAGGCCUCGAGGAGUGCUUAAAUUGGUAUUUUGAUGAUCUCCGCACCGUUAGGAGUGAAUUCACCAAGCUUGUUCCUCCACGCUGGAAGAUUUUCGAUACCUACCUUAAGAUUUAUCAUGAUCUUAUGCAUGAUUUUCUCAAGGAACAGAUUGACAAACCUGACCUCGAUGGUCAGAGUCUGUUAUCCAUCAUUCGCUGGAAUGGUGAAUACAACAAGGGCAUGAAGACACUCGGUAUCCGUAGCAUUGAUUUGAAACCGCAUGUCAUUGACGGCCGUGAAGCCGACCUCUUGAAGGAAUACACGCAACUCAUCGUCAUGAAGAUGGAGGAAUGGAUGAACAACAUUAUCGAAGACGACACUAAAGACUUUGUGCAAAGAACCCAUCAACCAAACGAGGAGGACGGGAAAUGGCAUAUGUCGUCUGUACCAACUAUGUUCACCAUGAUCAACCAGCAGCUCAAUGUUGCCCUUGACUCUUCAAAAGGAAACGUUGUGUCUGGUGUUGUUGAUGAGUGUGUCCGCCUACUCAAAUACCGACAAACAAAAUGGCAGCAAGUCAUUGAGCAAGAGGUCGGCAAGCACAUUAAGGCUUCUAGCAGGGAAGACCUUGAUGACCUUCCCGACGGUAUCCUAGAAUACAUGAUGUCCGUCGCGAAUGACCAAAUAAGAUGUGCUGCCUACACACAGGAAAUCUCAGACCGUGUCGCACCACUACUCAGCAAGAAAUACGAAGACGAGAUUCGACGCUCGUUGGAGGACGCAAUGAACGGUUUCGUAGAUCUAGCCACAUACUGUCUAGCCCAAAUCAUAGAGAUCAUCUUCAACGACUUGAGGCCACCAGUCAAGAACCUCUUCACCGCUGUUUGGUAUGGAGGGAACGAUAUGGACACCAUGGUGACCACCAUGCGCUCCUAUAUUGUAGAUCUUUACCCUGGUCUUGACGACGACCUCUUCCCGGCGUUUAUGCACCAACUUUCAGAGAAGACUUGUGUCAACUAUCUCUCAGCUGUCACAAGCAACAAGGGUAUCAAGUUCCGAUCUGUAGAGGCGGCCAACCAGGUUCGGGCAGAUGUAGGAGUUGGUUACGGGUUCCUUACGGAGUUUAUAGACCGUGAUGAGGUCAAAGGAGUGUGGACCGUAUUAGAGCAUUUCCUGGCUCUCAUCUGCGCCGAUAAGAUGACCCUCGGAGAGAAGUACGAUGCGUUCAAGGAGGCGUACUGGGAUCUACCCAUGAACUGGGUAGAAUGCGUAAUCAAGAACAGGGACGACAAGACGAAGGAGUUUAUGGAGAUUAUCAAGGCAAGACAGCAUUACAGUCCGAGGGGAGCAGACCCUACGAUUAUGUCUAGGUGUGUAUCCAGAACAUGA